GCGUUAACCCUGUGUUUACGGAAGUGCGUCUGUAGCCGCUGUCCUGUACAUAGACAGCUGGGAUGUUCAAACACGUGUUUCUGACCGGACCUCCAGGUGUUGGGAAAACCACUCUGGUCCAAAAAGUCUGUGAAGCUUUAGUGUCAUCAGGAGUGGGAGUAGAAGGAUUUUACACAGAAGAGGUCAGGGAAGGAGGCAGAAGGGUCGGCUUUGAUGUUGUCACACUUGCAGGAGAGAGGGGCCACCUGUCCAGAAUCAGAGAAGGUCCUGGAACCUUGCAUGGCAGACGGGAAUACAUGGUGGGACAGUAUGUGGUUGAUUUGCCUUCAUUUGAAAACCUGGCCCUUCCCCUCUUCAGAGAUGCAGGAACAGCAGGUGGAGGCAGCAGGAAGGUGUUCAUCAUCGACGAGAUCGGCAAAAUGGAGCUUUUCAGUCAGUCCUUCAUCAGAGCGGUGAGGCAGACUUUAGACAGCUCAUCUUGCACCAUCCUGGGCACCAUCCCAGUUCCCAAAGGGAAACCGCUCGGUCUGGUCGAGGAGGUCCGAAGCAGACCAGAUGUCAAGGUUUUCACUGUGUCAAAGGAGAACAGAAAUGCUCUUCUACAAGAUAUUUUAGCGACGCUGCGAGAGUGUUUUAAACGCAGCAGCCAGAGCCAGUGAAGGAAAAUCCCCUGCAGUUCGGUCAUGUUUUUGCUGACAUCAAUAUCCUUUUGUGUCCGUGCAUAUAUGCUUCACACAAGUGAACCUCUUCAAGGUUAAAAACGGUGGUGUGACCUACAUGAGAGGAAACCAGAGCUGCUGGUAGAGUUGUUUUGUCACAUGUAUAUAUGCACGAUGUACAGAAUAUCUUUUCUUUCUCUUACCACCCCAGAAAAUAUCACAUGCUUAAUAAUUGAUUGUGAGAAAGAACACCAUAGGACAGUUAGAUUCUUUAUGUUUCUUAACAGUUUAGUUGUACUUUCUUUAAAUGAUUACAGUUGAUGUUUUCUUUUAAUAAAGCCAAACACAAAGCAGUGA